CCCCAAGCUACGGACCUGCCUUCUUUGCUGUCGCAAUCCAUUGACAAGAAAAAUCGAACGACAGGCUCAUCCCUAUAAGCUUCCUUGUUGCACUGUCUGACUCUACAAAUCAUUCCAGCCUGUUCCUUGCCGGAUUGGUUUCUGCUUCCGCCCAAAGCCUUUGUGUAUCGUGCCUGUCCCAGCGCAAACUUCACAGCCAGCAAGAACCAAGAACUCGCCAACGUAUCGCAGUCAAGCCCACAGUAGCUGCUCUCGCCCAAGCACCCUGCCCCGGUCAGCUGCUUAGUCGUUGAUAAUCUCUCUACAUUUUUUGCAUCGACCAUCUAUUUAGCUCGAUUUUCUUCCCUCUCUUUCAUUUCACAAUGUCCAACCCAACCGCAACAGAACCGAUCGAACCGACCGCAGCCGACCCAACCACGCAAGAAUCCACGGCACCGACGACGACGACGACGACGACAUCAGAACCCACGAUGCCUCCCGUUCCCGCGACCGCGUCGGCCGAUGCCGUCAGCCGUGACAUUGCCAUGACCGACGCCGCCGCCGUCGAGCCGGUUUCUUCUCCCGCUCCAAUGCCGCAGGCAGCCCCAGGCGCCCCCAGCCCGGCGCCCGGCCGAACCGGUACGCCCAGCCGCAACCUCAACGGCGAGGCUGGCUCCCGCGCUGGCUCGGCUCACCCCGACCCGCACCCCGCGAACCUCCCCAACCAGGCGGUCGAGCACGGCGACACCGCCCGGAAGUACAUCAACAGCCACGUGAGCGCCGUCCUCCUCGAGGGAAUGAAGAUCAUUGGCAAGAACCAGCCGAAGAAUCCCCUCAAGGUCUUGGGCGACUUCCUGCUUGAAGAAUCCCGCAAGCGAGGCGAGCCCUCUGGCUAAAAGCCGCUGCAGCGAACACCGAUGUGACUUACAUGUGGAAGAGGAACGCGGGAGCUUGAGCUCGGCUGGCUAUCAUACAUGGACGUUGGCGGCAAACACGCACUUUUGGCAUUUUCAGUGGCUUAUGGCUUUAGGCUGGGCGUUUAGGAGGCAGAAAAAAGUCGUUUUUCCCCCAGUCCUUUUCGUGAGAGCAUUGCGCCUC